AUAUUUCUUUCGCCAGCCAUUGACGAUUACUUCAAAACAGCAGUCAUCUAUUAACUGUCCGAUAGUUUAGAUCGGUCGGGGAACAUAACAAACAUCGCAUUUUAAAAUUGUUUUUGAGAUUCUAUAAAUAAUUGUACACCAUGGCUGAUGAUGAGGCUAAGAAGGCAAAACAGGCCGAUAUUGAACGCAAGCGUGCCGAAGUGCGCAAGCGUAUGGAAGAGGCCUCAAAGGCUAAGAAGGCAAAGAAAGGUUUCAUGACUCCGGAGAGAAAGAAGAAACUUAGAUUGUUGCUCCGUAAAAAAGCCGCUGAAGAAUUGAAGAAAGAACAGGAACGCAAAGCCGCUGAACGUAGACGCAUCAUCGAACAACGUUGUGGAAAGCCAAGGGAUCUUCAAAGCGCCAAUGAAGACACUCUAAAGAGCGUAUGCAAUCAGUACCAUUCUAAAAUUGCAACAUUGGAAGACGAGAAAUAUGAUUUAGAAUAUAAAGUAGCCACAAAGGACUUGGAGAUCUCUGACCUUAACGCUCAAGUCAACGACUCCCGCGGUAAAUUCGUCAAACCAACUUUAAAGAAGGUCUCCAAAUACGAAAACAAAUUCGCUAAACUUCAAAAGAAAGCAGCAGAAUUCAACUUCCGUAAUCAAUUGAAAGUUGUUAAGAAGAAGGAAUUUACUCUUGAAGACGAAGAGAAAGAGAAGAAGCCCGACUGGUCUAAGAACAAAGGGGACGCAAAGGCCGAGGCCUAGUCUCGACAACGUGGAAAAGGCGGUACAUUCUAAUUAUGUGCAAGGAAUGUACACACGUUCGAAACGGCAUUCAAUUAAAAUAAAUAAAAACUGCUUGAAAAA